UAAGACUUCAAGGCACUUCACUCUAAAUUCUAUACAUCAGUCGUCAUGGAAACCAAGGUUGUUGAUGCAUGAUUUCAAAGUGAUUGUGAUGUCAUAAAUGAACCAAUAGAAUAAGAAGGUUGUAACUUGUGUAGUAGGAAAAAGCGAUACAUUUCCUUGAAUGACUUGGUGUUGGAGUGAUGUGAUGUGACCUGUUGCUUGAAAGUUUGACUGGACUUAUGGAUAAAACUAUGGAAAGAAAUACGCUAACUGCUAUUACAAGCUGCAACAACCCCCUCCACCAAGAUAUGGAGAGCAAGAUCCUGAGAUUGAGACAAGUGCUCCAUCAGAUGGAGGAGGAGAAAGUAGCCGAUGCUGAACAAGCCCAAGAGGCAAUGGAGAUCCUCAAGGAGAGAUGUCGGAAGAAGAUACAAUUAGAGAUGGGGAAAAGGAAAGAUCUAGAAAGAGAGAAAGAGAUGGCAAAAGAAGGAGAACUGGAGAAAUGUCGCAAGAUGGCCAGAAAGAUUGAGUAUGCAUUAAGGCAGAGGAUGGAGAAAGAGUAUGAGGAGAAAAUGAAAGAGGCCCUGCUUGAAAUAGAAAACAAGAAGAAAACUGAGAUGGAAGAUUUCAGGAAUCAAAUCAAGAGAGAGGUUAAACUGAGGACAGACUGGAUGAACAAAGCCUUUAGGGAAGGGCAUGCCCAGUUUGAGAAAAUCAGAGAUCAAAAAGUGCCAGAGAUUGAAAUGGAGGCCCAGUUCCAGAAAGACAUUACAUCAGAGAGCAAUGAGACUGGACAGCAGGACACAACAUCUCAGAAAGAAAAAGCAAGGAAGAAUAUACUUUUGAGAUUCAUGUACUUUUAG